AAGUCAACGUGGAGCACACUCACCUACAAUAGUUCCUGUGCGUGCUGCCCAGCUACAACUCGCUGACUACCACAUGCUUGCAAUUCUGCACGCGAUUUUGUAAGGUGGCGUGUUUGAUGAAUACCCUGCACACGUAUUCAAGUUACGCCCCCGCCCGUAGCAGCACGGCUAUCGCGUGCCAAAGUGCUAAACCAGGGCGCGGAAAAGUCGUGUCAGAAAGCUUCUGCAUUAUAUAAGGGUACAAGACGUCACAGCCCUGACAGAUAGCUAAGUCAAUUCGAACUGUCCAAAGGAACAACUCGCUUCACCUUGACCACUUCCCAAAAACCGCCAGCUACCCAUUACAACAUCACGAUGGCGAAGAAAAAAACUCCCAUUCCCGCUAAAAACAUAGUUAUAUUCGGCGCAAUGGGCGCUGGAAAGAGUUCCCUCAUAAACCUCAUUGCAGACCAGGACAUAGCUAAAACUGGCUCCAACCUCAAGCGUUGCACCCUCACAUGGACCAAAUAUGUGUUACCAAAGCUCUUUGAUGAUGAGAUGCAAUGCAACAUCUUCGACACGAUGGGAAUCGAGAACCCAGAACUCGAGCCAGAGGAGUACCACCGGUCCAUCAAGAAUGCCAGCGGCCUUCUCCGCAAGCUUGAUGCAUACGGCGGCACCAAUCUGUUGAUAUAUUGCGUUGAAAAAGGCCGUGAUAGUAGCGCAUUGCGGAGCAACUACCAGUUAUUCCACGAAGUGUUAUAUCAGCGUCGAGUCCCCGUAGUCAUGGUGGUGACGUGCCUCGAGGACGAGCCAGUCAUGGAGGAAUGGUGGACGCGGAAUUGUGCAUCAUUAGAGGCAUCCCAGAUCGUCGUGGGGGGACAUGCAUGCGUAACGACCCUGAAGAAUGAGGCUGUGAAGUACAAGGCAUCGAGAGAAGCCGUGCGUGAGCUGAUCCGGGAGUAUGCAGCCGACACGCCAGUGUUAGGGGGAUGGAAGCAUGGAUCGAUAGGCCGCUCGUUCAUGCGAUAUUUUGGGUAUUCUGAUACGGAGGAUAAGAAGAUGCAGGCUAAACUACAGAGGGACCUCGAGGGUCAAUGUGGCAUGAAGACACAAUUGGCUUCGAAGGUCGCAAAAACAUUCACGUACACGUCACGGUAGCAUAACGGACUUGCUGCUGUGACGAGGAUUGAUCGCUAUGCACAUCACAUACUUUGCAGUAGCUUUAGUGAGUACGACAAGUAUGCAGGUAUCGAGAAAAAUUCAUGUUGCGUAACGCUUAUGUGGUCACGUGACCAUCGGAGCAUUUGCUAUACUUAUAAAAUUCAGACCUCCAGCCGACGGUCAAACAUAAUUGAGACCCAAGUCUUCGGCUAUAAUCAUCGCAGCCCGCUCUCCAAUCAAAAGUGCCGUCGAAUACGUGUUCUGUGUAUGUCAUUAGAUCGCACA